UUUUCUCCAGGCUGACUUGUGUCUUGCAGGUUGAUAGUUCCCUGAUGAUGAUUGGGGUUUCGCCUGGUCAGCAUUAAUUGAAGGAAAAGCUGAUGCGAUGCUCUCAAUGCCGAGUUGCCAAAUACUGUAGUGCUAAGUGUCAGAAGAAAGCUUGGCCAGACCACAAGCGAGAAUGCAAAUGCCUUAAAAGCUGCAAACCCAGAUAUCCUCCGGAUUCUGUCCGACUUCUUGGCAGAGUUGUUGUCAAACUUAUGGAAGAAACCCCCUCUGAAUCGGAGAAACUUUACUCAUUUUAUGAUCUGGAAUCAAAUAUUAACAAACUGACUGAAGAUAAGAAAGAGGGCCUCAGGCAACUUGAAAUGACAUUUCAGCAUUUCAUGAGAGAAGAAAUACAAGAUGCUUCUCAACUGCCACCUUCCUUUGACAUUUUUGAAGCCUUUGCAAAAGUGAUCUGCAAUUCUUUCACCAUCUGUAACGCAGAGAUGCAGGAAGUCGGUGUUGGCCUAUAUCCUAGUAUGUCUUUGCUCAAUCACAGCUGUGACCCCAACUGUUCGAUUGUGUUCAACGGGCCCCACCUCUUACUGCGAGCCGUCCGAGACAUUGAGGCCGGAGAGGAGCUCACCAUCUGCUACCUGGACAUGCUGAUGACCAGUGAGGAGCGCCGGAAGCAGCUGAGGGACCAGUACUGUUUUGAAUGUGACUGUGUCCGAUGCCAAACCCAAGACAAGGAUGCUGAUAUGCUGACUGGUGAUGAGCAAGUAUGGAAGGAAGUUCAAGAAUCCUUGAAGACAAUCGAAGACCUGAAGGCACAUUGGAAGUGGGAACAGGUUCUGGCCAUGUGCCAGGCGAUCAUAAGCAGCAACUCGGAACGGCUCCCUGAUAUCAACAUCUACCAGCUGAAGGUGCUCGACUGUGCCAUGGAUGCCUGCAUCAACCUUGGUCUGUUAGAGGAGGCGUUGUUCUACGGCAUUCGGACCAUGGAGCCUUACAGGAUCUUCUUCCCGGGAAGCCACCCCGUCAGAGGUGUGCAGGUAAUGAAAGUUGGCAAAUUGCAGUUACAUCAAGGCAUGUUCCCCCAGGCGAUGAAGAACCUGAGGCUGGCUUUUGAUAUCAUGAGAGUGACGCACGGCAGAGAGCACAAACUGAUCGAAGACCUGAUUCUACUCUUGGAAGAAUGUGAUGCCAACAUACGAGCAUCCUGAGGGAGCCCAGUCAGGUGGCAGGACGGCGCAUCCUGAGUGAGCGCCUUACUGAGGUCACACGCUCUGCUUCGUCUGCUGCGUGACCCUCCCCCAUUGGAAACGCACUUCUGCGAGUGUGUACGUAAAUAAGGCAGACAUUUGGUUUGCAGACCACAAAAAUCAUUAGUUGUAGAGGAGCACGAUUAUAAUAAAUGCAAGAAAUUUGGUUGAAAACACCAUCUGGUAAUUGUUUCCUUGGCUUACUCAUUAGUAAUUGUUCCAUUUAAGAUCUCAACAUUAAUGAUAGAAAACCAUGUUAAAAGCAUGACAGAAUAAGUAUUAACAUUCUCGUUGGAUAUAUGUAUGGGGAAUUGAAUAAAAAUCAAUGUUUUCACA